GGGAGCUUGCUAGGGGGCAGGCAGCCGCAGAGAGCAGCUACCACUGCCUCUUAAAACCUAAGGUAGUCCUCAUUACAGCUACAGACUGAUAGACAGAGAGCAGAGCAGGGCUGAGACAGUUCCAAGAGAGGGAGAGGAAAGGAGAGAGUGAGAAAUUGUGAACAGGGAAAGUUAGAAAACCAGCAGUCAUACUUGAGUGCUCACCCUUCCUUGACUGCUGCCUCCCCACUGCACUACCUGAGGCUCACAUACACACACACAGGGAGGUGUCCAGGGAGGCUUAGAGGGCUGACUCUCCAGGGAAGAAGGGAAUUAAACACUUUGUUUUCAAUCCACGGCGAUCAUACUAAGGACAAAAAAAAAAGGGAUUACAGCUUGUACGCCUGCCCCACUUGUUCCUCUCUGCUCUGCAUUUUAUCUUCGUUUUGGAGACUUUGGAUACAACCUUCUUCAAUUGUUGGUUUGGGCUGAGAGAGAGAUGGCACAUGGACAAAAGAGCCCCAGGUGGGCAUUAACCCAGGGCUUCUCCAGCUUGGCACUGGGCCUGUCGCUCUUCUCCCUCCUCUUCCUGCUCCUCACCGUCUCAGCCGCAGACGAGUACGACUAUUACAGCUGGCAGUCGGACAACUUCCACAAUGGCCGCUUCUACACCAAGCAGCCCCAGUGUGUGGACAUACCAGCUGACCUGCGCCUGUGCCACAACGUGGGCUACAAGAAGAUGAGGCUGCCCAACCUCCUGGACCACGAGACCAUGCCAGAAGUCAAGCAGCAAGCGGGCAGCUGGGUGCCCCUCCUGGCCAAACGGUGCCAUGCUGAUACCCAGGUGUUCCUGUGCUCGCUGUUUGCACCUGUGUGCCUGGACAGACCCAUCUAUCCCUGCCGCUCGCUGUGUGAGGCCGUGAGGGACAGCUGUGCUCCGGUGAUGGAGACCUAUGGCUUCCCCUGGCCGGAGAUGCUGACCUGUGAUAAGUUCCCCAUUGAUAACGACCUCUGCAUCCCCAUGCAGUUCACUGGGAACCAGGCCACCCAGCCACCAGUGUCAAAGGUGUGCCCGCCGUGUGACAAUGAGAUGAAAGCAGACAACAUCAUGGAGCAUUACUGCGCCAGUGACUUUGCCCUCAAGAUGAAAAUCAAGGAGGUGAAGAAGGAAAAGGGCGACCGGAAGCUGAUUGCAGCACAGAAGAAGAAGAAAGUGUUGAAGCAGGGCGUGCUAAGGAAAAAGGACCUGAAGAAGCUGACCCUGUACAUCAAGAAUGGAGCCAACUGCCCGUGCGCCCAGCUGGACAGCCUGAGCACCAACUUCCUCAUCAUGGGUCGCAAAGUGGACCAGCAACUGCUGCUCAUGUCCAUUCACAAGUGGGACAAGAAAAGCAAGGAGCUCAAAUUCGCCAUCAAGUACAUGAAGUCCCAUCAGUGUCCCACCUAUCACACUGUCUUCCAGUGAGGCGGCUUGCAGCACAAUCUACAAUCACACAUUUCACCCACAUAGAAUCUAAUUCUGCGUUCCUGACCCCCAAAUCCCUGGAAAAUCUCUUAACAGUCUGACAAAUAGUCCUACAAGAGGUCGUAGGGCAGCCAAGCUUUUAUUUUCUCAGCUUUAACUUGAAUCAGGUUGUCAAGGGGAUCGUCCUGAUCUGCUUAGAUGAUUCAGACAUGUUAAUGUUGGAGAGGGAAAAAGCUGCACACUCAGCAGCUCCAAUCACAUCAUAAAAAACCCAAAGUAACCACAGAUUGUAUAAUAAUUUGGGUGAUGUAAUUUUAUUUCCCAAGGAACAACAGACAUUUUAGAUCCCCUGUGAUUCAAUAAAUAUAUUCCUUGACAAUUCUACUUUCCUAUUCCAAUAUAGAAGACAGAAUAUCCAACAGCAACUUAAUCAAGAAAGCUGCAUUCAAAAAUGGAAAACGAAAGAUUUGAGGCAACUAUUGGAGGGAAAACAUGUUCGAUAAUGUAAUAAGUAUAGACUAAGGGAGUUCAGUGGGAAGGCAGGGUUUGUUUCAGUGUAAAAAUAGAACAAUUAUACACUACAGUACAAGGGGGCUGUGCAAUUGGGCACAAAGCUCCCAGGAAUAACAUCAAAGCAGAGACAUAUAGAUGAUCAGCUAAACUGUGUUGUAAUAAUGUAAAAAGUAGGUAAUUCAGACGAAUACUAGAUGAUUAGAAAUCGGGCUUUUUUUCUUUUAUCCCUGCCGGGAAAGAAGACCAAUGGAGCGAGGAAGACUGGCGGACUGGAGAAUGCUUCCACUGACUUUGUAAAGCAACGCUCAUGUGGCCUGAAAGAGGGAAACUUGAAUAUUCUUGCUUUUCAAUUGGAGAGAGGAUGAGGUUAAAGUAGAGAAGACAUCUUCCUGAAAACAAGUGGUAAAGAAAGAGAGAGAAAGAGACUCUGGACAGAACCAACAAUGUUGGGUUGAUAAGUCUCUGGUACUGUUUUGUACUUUUUUUAUUUUCUUCAGUUAAACUUCUAUUGUAUGAAGACAGGAAUCAUCCAUACAGACAUAGCACCUGAAUUCACUGUUGCCGUAGCAAUAAACAUUUAACUAUGACAAUAUUUUCUAAUCAGUUAACCUGUAAGUAGUUAUGUUACUGAAAUACAUCUUUGUUUUACAAAAAAAAAGUAAAUGAAUAAAAUAUAUUUGAAAUUUUUAUAAAGAA